GUGCAUCAUGGGAUAAAGAAGGUGUCGUCGUUCGGCUGACGUGAGAAGACCUUGACCGUAAUAUGGUCGUUUCAAAAACUGUUUUUAUGGCAUAGUUUUGAAACAAUUGUAUCCGUUAGUGACAAAUAUUGUUAUCCAUACUGCAUUGGUCGUUCUUGGUUGCUAAAGCUACCGAGCAACAUGGGAGCCGACAAGAGGAUAAGCAGAACUGAGCGAAGUGGCCGGUAUGGUUCUGAGCAGCGCGUCGAAGAUUUAGACUGGCGAGAGCGGCGGGAGAGGGAUGCUGAGCGUGACCACAACAUGCGGCGCUGGGGGGACGAGAGGCGUAGUGAUCGUUACGAAGGAGAGCGCAGAGGAUCGAGAGACAGUCCAGAGCAAAGAGAGCGAAAAAGGCGCAACAGCGAUCGAUCCGAAGAUGGUUACCACUCAGAUGGAGACUACCCUGAUCAGGAUUACAAAAGGGAUGAGGAGAAGAAGAGCAAGACAAUUAUGCUUUGGGGUCUGGCCCCUCACGUCACAGAGGAAGAAAUUUCUUAUGCUAUUGACCAACUUGAGGGACCCCAACCAGUGGAUGUCAGACUGAUGAAGAAGAAGUCGGGUGAGAAAUGUAUAAGCCGUGGUUUCGCCUUCGUGGACUUUUAUCACUUGCAAGAUGCUACCCGAUGGAUGGAGACCAAUCAGAAACUCCUGGUAAUCCAAGGAAAAGUUGUGGACAUGCACUACAGCCAUCCGAGAAACAAGUAUGAAGACUGGCUCUGCAAUACUUGUGGCCUGUACAAUUUCCGGAGGAGGCUGAAGUGCUUCAGGUGUGGAGCAGCCAAAGUUGAGGGCGAUGCUAAUGGUAAUGCUGGCCCCGCAGAGAAUCCGCCCGGUGGAGAUUUCUGCGGCGACACCAUCAUCCUACGAAACAUUGCUCCUCUUACUACGGUGGAUGCCAUUCUAACCGCCUUGGCCCCCUAUGCCAAUCUGUCGUCUAACAAUAUACGCCUCAUCAAAGACAAGCAGACUGGCCAGAAUCGAGGUUUUGCCUUUGUUCAACUGUCUUCUCCUCUGGAAGCUUCUCAGCUGCUGACCAUGUUACAAGGACUGCAGCCUCCGUUGAAGCUUGAUGGGAAAACCAUUGGAGUCGACUAUGCUAAGAGCGCUAGGAAGGACUUCUUGCUCUCUGAUGGAAAUCGCGUCAGUGCCUUCUCUGUUGCUAGCACUGCGAUUGCUGCCGCCCAGUGGUCAUCAAGUCAGCCUCAACCCAACUCCGAGUCAUCUGAUUACUACAUCCCGGAAGGCUUCAAUCCAAUUCAGCAGGACUACCAGCCCUUCUACCAUCAAGCAGGAGUCAGCACCUCUCAGGAGAAUGGAAUUUUGGGAGCUCCCCCUGCUUUAAAGAUGGUUCAGACUCCCGCGGGAGUAGUUCUCCCUCCUGGUGUGCAGGUUUACCAACCCCAUAUAAUUUCCCAACCUGCUGUCCAGGCGUUACAAAUUGCGCAACAAUUGGAAUCCAAAUCACGGGGUGCAGCUGAAGCUGUGCCUGUUACCUCUGCUGUAGCCUCUGCCACUGCCACAUCAGCAGCCAGUGGACAAGCCGCCGUCGCUAACGCAGCUGCCCCUGAUGUAUCCAGCUACCAGUACGACGAGUCUUCUGGCUAUUACUUUGAUCCUCAAACUGGCUUGUACUAUGACCCAAACACCCAUUACUACUAUAACUCCCAAACUCAGCAGUAUCUUUACUGGGACAGUGAGAAACAGACCUAUGUACCAGCCUCAGUUGAUGCAGGACAAAAUGCUAAUAACACACCUGGCAACAAGGAACCUAAAGAACCAAAGGAAAAAAAGGAGAAGCCGAAGAGUAAAACAGCUCAACAGAUCGCGAAAGACAUGGAGCGGUGGGCCAAAAGUCUGAAUAAGCAAAAGGAGAAUUUCAAAAGCAGCUUUCAACCAAUUUCUCAAGAGGAGCGGCGAGAGGCUGCGGCAGCUGACGCAGGCUAUCUGCUGUUUGAGAAGAAGCAGGCAGGCCUCCUCGACGAAGCCAAUCCUCCAGAAGAGGAAGCUCCAGCCACUUCAGCCAACUCCUCCAAGCUGGGACUAGUGGCAGCCUACACUGGAGAUAGUGACCCUGAGGAGGGAGGAGCUGAGGCGGAAGGGGCCGAAGCAGGCGGGGACAAGAUGACCGACUGGAAAAAGCUUGCCUGUCUGCUGUGCCGCAGACAGUUCCCCAACAAGGAAGCUCUGGUCAGACAUCAACAACUUUCGGACCUUCACAAGAAAAACCUGGAGGUUCACCGCAGAAUAAAGCUGAGUGAAGCAGAGCUGGAGGAGUUGGAGAGACAAGAGACUGAGCAAAAAUAUCGGGACAGAGCUGCUGAGAGGAGAGAAAAAUAUGGAAUACCAGAACCCCCAGCACCCAAAAAGAAGAAGUUUAGCCAACCAAAUCCAGUGGUAAACUACGAGCAACCCACCAAAGAUGGCCUCAAUAGUGACAACAUAGGGAACAAAAUGCUGCAGGCCAUGGGUUGGAAGGAGGGGAAAGGUCUGGGUCGUAAUCAGCAGGGCAUCACUGCACCUAUUGAGGCGCAGCUCAGGACGAAAGGAGCAGGACUUGGCAUCAAGGGCAGCAACUACACUCUCUCCUCCUCAGACACGUACAAAGACGCCGUCCGUAAAGCUAUGUUCGCCCGCUUCACCGAGUUGGAGUGAGCUGAAGCAACUUCAUCAACCAGUUCAACUGGCCACGACUGGCGCGUCUUCUCAUGAAGUACAUUUUCACAGGAGGCCUGAUAAAAGGAAUUUAAUUUAUACUUUGUACAUACGCUCAGUAAGAGAGCGCCUCUUGUUCGACCGGCCGAAAAAUGACGUUUUACUCGUUUAUGUUGAUGGUUUAUUGAAGUGACUGUACAGUUUAUACUUUGAAUACUUGUGUUUGUACAGAAAAUAAAUGACACAAAUGA